AUGGGUGCAUUCCUGGACAAGCCGAAGACGGAGAAGCACAGCGCCCACGGCGAUGGCAAUGGUCUCCGUUACGGUCUGAGCUCCAUGCAGGGCUGGCGGGUGGAGAUGGAGGACGCCCACACGGCAGUGGUGGGCCUCCCGCACGGACUGUCCGACUGGUCGUUCUUCGCCGUGUACGACGGGCACGCCGGUUCCCGGGUGGCCAAUUACUGCUCGGGUCAUCUGCUGGAGCACAUCCUCUCGGGCGGCACAGAGUUCGGGUCGGGGCCCGGCUCAGUGGAGGGCGUGAAGGACGGCAUCCGCGCAGGCUUCCUGAAAAUUGACGAGUAUAUGCGCGGCUUCUCCGACCUGCGGCAGGGCCUGGACCGCAGCGGCUCCACCGCCGUCUGCGUGCUGCUCAGCCCCAGCCACCUCUACUUUAUUAACUGCGGAGACUCUCGGGCUGUGCUGAGCCGCCACAGCGAGGUGGGCUUUUCUACGCAGGACCACAAACCCUGCAACCCCCGCGAGAAGGAGCGCAUCCAGAAGGCCGGCGGCUCUGUCAUGAUUCAGCGGGUCAACGGCUCACUGGCGGUCUCCCGGGCGUUGGGGGACUACGACUACAAGUGUGUCGACGGCAAGGGUCCCACCGAGCAGCUCGUCAGCCCCGAGCCCGAAGUCUGCGUGCUGGAGCGGGCGGCCGACGCUGACGAGUUCGUGGUGCUGGCCUGCGACGGGAUAUGGGACGUCAUGUCCAACGAGGAGCUUUGCGAGUUUGUGCGCUCGCGCCUUCUGGUCUGCGAGGACCUGGAGAAGGUGUGCAACUCAGUGGUGGACACCUGCCUGCACAAGGGGAGCAGAGACAACAUGAGCGUGGUUCUGGUGUGUCUACCUGGUGCCCCUAAGAUCUGUGAGGAGGCUGUGAAGAAAGAGGAGGAGUUGGACAAAUUUCUGGAGGCCCGCGUUGAAGAACUCCUCACCAACUGCGGUGAAGCCGGAACGCCGGACCUGGUGUCUGUGCUGAGGAGUAUCGCCACGGAGAACAUCCCCAACCUCCCACCAGGUGGAGGACUGGCAAGCAAGUAG